GUAAUAUGAUGCCAUUCGUUAUCCUUCCAAAGAGGACUAGGAAUGUUUUAAUGUACUGAUGAAAUUGCUCUAAAUGUAAAUCUAACGUUGUACGACAUGGAAUAGCGCCUAAGCUUGUGGAUGCCAGUGCUCCACUCUGGUUGAGUUAGCUGCAUAGCUAACUAACCCGAUUUAAAACUGAGAAGUACACUAGGUUUUUAGUACAAGUUUCAAAAGGUGUGAGUUUUGAAUUAACUUCAUAAAAUCUCAAAUUCGUAAGACAAAUCUCAAAUAUCACUGUUAUAUUUAGACAAAUUUCAAUAAAAAAAGUUAAAUGUAAUUAACCCUUUUCCCAGGCAUAUAUACCCACAGUCGUUUAUGUAGAAAGCUUUAUUUUUAGUCUGCUUUUUUAACCAAUCAAUCCUCAGCUAUUCCGGUGUUACUUUUCUUUGAAACGGCUUUUUUUUGUUCUUAUUUUAUACCAAAAGCGAAGUAAUACUAAACAGAAAUACAACCCGAUAAAACUGUUGCUAUGGCUGCUCGAUUCUCACCAGUCUGGAGGCUUGUGUGAGACUGAAUUUUGUUCCCACAAAAUCUAGUGGGUGCAUGGACGGCUUUUCCUAUUGGCCAGCCGUUAUCACCAACAUUUUAUACUCAUUAAGAGAGAGAGAAUGUCAAAUGAACAACCAAAGAUAAAGGUAAAAGAAUAUUCUUUGUAAGGAGCCACCGAAAUUUUAUGGAACUUCUCCCCUCUCUCUCAAGAAAUAGACCGCAAUAGACUGAAAUUUCUGAAAGUUCUAGCUCUCUCUCUCUCUGAAGUAUCUAUAAUUUGUAAUCGGGAUUGUAUUAUUAUAAGAUCAUUUACUUUUGGUACAAGGUCACAAUCAUUUUUAGUCUUGUGAAAUCUGAUAUAUUCAAGCAUGUUGCAAUAUUUAAUCAAUGAUACAUUCCCAACCGUCUGAUUUCACAUUUUAACUGUCAAUAAUAAUUGUGAUCUCCUUAUAAAAAAAACAGAAUGGUCUUAUUAUAUACAUUUCCUCUGUAAUUUGUUCCAGCAUAUAUUGACAUGGCGGCGUAAUCUAGCAUGCUUUUAGCAUCUUACGAGUUUGGGGAAAGGAGCUCAUUUAUGCAGCGACCCAAUAUCACCAAAGUCUUGAUGCUCGUUUUUGUUUCAAAGAGAGAGGAAAAGGGCAAGGGCCAACGGUGGUGGUGAGCCGGUCAUCGGAGCAAAGUAAGUAUUCGAGUCCCAUCGAGCAAGGCAAGAGAGCAGAAGCCAGUGAAGGGAGGGAGGGUAUUGGAUUGGACCAGCUGUGGAGCAAUUCUUGAUACCAACCCCUCCCAAGUGGCGCGCUCAAAGAAUCAGAUGCUUACCUUCCUCUUCCUCUUCCUCACCCUCCAAAUAAGUACACCACUCAAACCCCUCUUCCCUAUCCCAUACUUCUCUUUCUUUUCCAAUCCUAAUCCCAUUAAUGGCGCAGCAGACAACUACAGGCCGCCCCUUUUUCCGGAUGGCUUCUGUGCUGCCUCGUGUCGAGCCUCAGCCACAACCACGUCUCGUGCCUGUAGCACCGGCCCCUCUACCACCAUCCCCUCCUCCAGCGGCACCACCAUCCCCUCCUCCAGCGGCACCACCAUCCCCUCCUCCAGUAGCCACACCCCAACAACCAACUGCCCAACCACCACCACAACCCCAAUCCCAACCUCAGCCACAACCACCGCCAGAAACACAGCAGCGACAGCCUUCCCCUCCUCAACAACAACCCCAAACAUCGACGAAGCUUCAGCUUUCGCCAACUAAUGGUAGUGGCAAUGGUGCUGCUACUGCCAGCCUCUCUCCACGUCCUACUUCUACAGCUCCCACCCCUCAAUCCCCUAGGACCAAAUCACCACAGCCUACUCCCGCAGCUACUGCUCCAGCUCCAUCUACCGAAACACCACAACCUACUACUGUUCCAACGUCUCAAUCCCGACCAUCGUCUCCACUUAACAACAAGCCCAAACCGUCAUCUUUACAGGCUCCUCCACGCUCUCCCAAUGCCAAAUCUACACCGCUACCACCUAUCAAAACCAACAAUCGCGAGCCUCCAAAACCAGAACAACAACAACAACAGCAUGCAGCAAAACCCCUCCCUGAGCCCAAAGUUGAGGAGCACAAGGAAAAGGAAGUGACUACGAAGAACGGCAGUGGCCAUCGAGGAGCAGGUGGAUUGGCAGAAGAGAUGGGAGCGAGGGUGAUCACGAUGGCUGGAGAGAACAAGGGAGCUUCCAUGGAAGUGGGCGGUGGUUACGGGGCUGCCAGGAGAAAUCUUUUAUCUCCUCAACAACACAACCCCAAUGCUGCGGAAAAUGUGAAAGUUGGUAAUAAGGAGGGUGAAGGUGAUGGAAUGAAGGAUGAGAUACAGAAAAAGAAGGAAUCACCACCAGUGACUGCAUUCGUGAAUAGCAACGUGCAAAGCGUGAAUAACUCCAUAAUGUACCACAGCAGCUGCGCCUACAACAACCCCGGAGUUCACCUCGGCAUCUCAAGGCCCAUCGUUCCACCUCCACACCACAACCACCACCACCACGCCAAGGAAGAUCACCGUCAUAACUGACACCGUAUUCCAAUAGCAACUAUGCAUUCAUAACCAUAAUAAGAAGCAGUGCCAUCCUCAUAUCCUGGGGGUCUGCUUGUUUGCUUUGCUGGAUGAGGGUCUCUGUUUUUUUUUAAACCUAUUUUCGGCCUGUAAUAUAUGUAUUAUCAAUAAUCAAAAAGGUUGUAACCCCUUGCCAUCAUGCUCAAGGGACGAAGAAGCAUUCACCCUAUCAAAUUAAAUCCCAAGCCCAAUGGUCAAGAUGCAUUUUUC